UGUCAUCCAUAAGUAAUUUCAAAAAAGCAAAUAAAGUAAAUAAAUUAUUAUGAAUAACAAUACUGCCGCGUUAGAACUUGUCUGCGAGACGGCCAACUCGCUGUUUCCCGAAUUGAAUAUGCGCCCUAACGAGCUGUCGCAUCCAACCGAGGCAUUUCUAACCAAAGUGCUGAUUUGCUAUCUGCGUUCCUUUGGCUUUCGAGUGGAGCCGCCAUACAAUAUCGAAAGCGAGGCGAAGGAUACGUCCCGAGAGAAGCGCGUGUUCUUGAGCAAACUGUGCCGACAAGUGGAACGCAUAAUACAAAUAUCAUUUCCAGGCAAAACGUUCACAUACAUUGACAUCAUAGAUCCAACUGUUAAAAAGACUUCCAGCACGUUGGAUGUCCUCUUCAAUUACAGAUGUUUCUAUAAAAUGUAUAAGAAGGAGAUCCUAUGCCCCAUUGCAGAUAAGCUUAAGGAGCGGCAGGAUUUAAGUGCAGCCAUCGCAGCAAAACGCUCUGAAUUGGAGCUGAAUAAGCAGAAGGCAGAGCAAAUGAAAAUCGACAUUGUUAAUCACCAGGCCAACAUAGACAAGAUGACUGUGGAACUGCCAAAAGUAAUGGCCGAACUGAAUGAGCAAUCGAAGAUCUUACAGCAAAAGGAAAUGGAAUCAGCUUUGCAGGAGGAGCAGCUGGCGGAGAUCAAUGGCCAGGUUAAGCAAUUUGAGCAGCUGCUGGUCAGGGACACCGAAGUGGAGUUAGUCGAAAGCCAAACAGCGCAAAUACUUGCGCGUAUCGAGAGCUGCAAGCAGGAAAUGGAGAAGCAGGAGGAACUCUUCAAAGAGCGUCGCUUGGAGAUCGAAGCCAAUCAGCAGCUGAUCGAUGAGUUAGAGAAGGCGAUGAAUAUAUUGCCACCAGACGUGCUCAAUGAGUACAAAGAGAAUCUCAAGCUCAAGGAGCGAAUGGAGAAGAAACAUGCAUCGAUAGAAUCCAAACAUCAAAGUGUCUCAAAUAGCAACGAGAAACAGAAACAGCAACUCGCAGAGUGCGAAAAGAAACUAAAAACACUCAAGUCACAAAUCGAAAAGGAUGCACAAGAGCAGAAGCAGCGUAUCGCAGAAUCGGAAACAUUUAUCACUCAGCAAGAAGAUUGCAUCGUUGAGCUGCAGCAGAGCAAGGCCCAGCUGCAGGAGCAAAUAGAGGCGCAGCAGUGCGAUGCGGAGCAAAUCAAAAUAGUUGUCUCUAGCUUAAUAGAUCACUGAGCGGUUCCGACUUAAUAUAUUUAU